GAAUUUGCCGUUAAAAAUAAAGAGCGUUGUUUUGGAUUUUGUUUUUGAUCGUCAGAUUUAGCAGCUAGCCGAGCAGGCCCAAUAAAGGCGACAAUCGUAUCCGAGUCCGACAACUGAGAAUGCCUCCCUCUCUUCCCCUCUCCUGAAGCGGAAGCAAGCCAGGCGUUGUGUGUUCCAAUUUGAUGCUCUCUUGUUUGAUCGAUUUGCCGAACCCGAAUCAAUCGGCGUUGUGUUUUCCACUUUGAAGCUCCCCUUCUUCUUCCUUGAUGGCUUGCGGUGUGCUGUUCUUGUACGUUCCACUUUCCAUUCCCCCCUCUUCUUCUUCUUCUUCUUCUUCUUCUUCUUCUUUCACGGAGGGCAGCAUCACGAUGCUGUCGCAAGCUACGUCUCGCUACCUGGGCUGGUCGAGGAUACCGAUGCCCAAGUCUAGAGAAGUCCGAACCAUGGGGACGAAGUUGAUUUGGCAUCAUGGCUGCCGGUGCUGGAUAACCGCUGCUACUGAGAAACCCACUACCAUCGCCAGUGGCGCGGAGUUUAAUGAUAAUGAUUGUACAGAUUGUUCAGAUUCAGUUUUUCAUGUGCAAACUCUUCGAGAAUUUCCCAUUAAAAAGCUUUAUGGAGAAGUUGUCCUGGUGCGAUUUGAUUCUGGUCUUCUGCUGAAUUCAAAGGAUUUGGAUUGUGUUCCACUAAAUAGAGCACUUUCUACCAUUAAAUAUUUACAUAAUGCUGGGGCCAAAGUAGUUUUACUAAGUAGUUGGUUUCAGUCCAAUGCUUCAGUGCUUCUUUCUGAAGAAGCCUUUGCAGCAGAUCACUUGUCAUGGCUUCUCAAAGUUAAAGUUGUGACAGCAAAUGGUGCUUCAGCUAUCACUCAAUUGAAGAUGAAAGAAUCAGGAAAAUCAGACAUUCUUCUCCUUGAUAAUAUGACAAACUUCAAAGAAGAAGUUGCAAAUUCUGUUGACUUCGCUAAGUCUUUAUCAUCUGGCAUCUCUCUCUUUGUCAAUGAUUCUUUCUCAUUAUCACAUAGGAUUCUUGCAUCAACUGUUGGUGUUACCCGCUUUUGUUAUGCAUCAAUUGCUGGUUUUCACUUCGAGGCAGAACUGGUCCAACUAAUGAAGAUCAGUGAGACCAAGAGACGGCCAUAUAUUGCAAUAAUUGGAGGAAGUAAUUUCCAAAGAAAAGCUAAAGCUAUGCAUCAUUUAGCAUCUAUUUGUGAUGGUCUUAUUUUCAUUGGAAAGCUAGCAUUUCAAAUGAUGCAUUGCUUUGGACUUCGAAUCCCAGCACACUUAGUGGAAUAUGAUGCUGUUGAAGAGACACUUGAAUUGAUCAAGCUUACAAAAGUACGAAACAUUCCUAUUUAUUUUCAGAAAGAUUUUCUGUGUGUCAAUGUUGGCAAACCCAAACUGCAGGAGAUAUUUACUUAUGAUGAAAUCUCAGCUGGUUGGGCACCCAUCGAUCUAGGACCAGCCUCAUUCAAGGAAACUUCAGACAUUCUUUCAGUAUGUAAGAAAGUCCUUUUGAUUGGUUCAAUAAGUUCUGGUUUUCUAAAAGAAGAUACAGCUGGAACAUCUCAGUUGUCCUUGCUACUUGAAAGACUAAGAACAAAUGGUUGUGAUGUGAUCCUUGUCGGAAAUGCAGCUCGUAAGGCUUUUGUAGAUAAACCGAGUUUCUCUAAUCAACAUUCAAUUAUUAGAAAUGCAUCAGUUGUUUGGGAAUUUCUGAGAGGAACAAAGCUGCCAGGUGUUGCUGCAUUAGAUAAAGCGUAUCCCUACGAUAUCAAUUGGGAUGCCACAUUUGCAGAUCCGACCAAACCUCUACUGGUAGACAUUGGCAGUGGGAAUGGCUUAUUCAUUUUCAAGAUGGCUACAAAAUACACAGACUUUAACUUUCUCGGGCUUGAGAUUAACAAAAAGCUUGUUCGAAGGUGCUUAGAUAAUUUGCUUCCAUCUGAAAUAAAUAACAGAUAUUUUUUAUCAACAAAUGCAACCUCUACCUUUAGUUCUAUUGUUUCUAGUUAUCCUGGAGAUUUGGUGAUCGUCACAAUACAGUGUCCGGAUCCCGACUUCAACAGAGUGAAUCAUAGAUGGAGCAUGGUGCAGAGAUCACUUGUCGAAAUGAUAGUGGAUUUGCUUAUUACAAACGGAAAGUUUCAGGUGUUUCUGGAAUCUGAUAUUGAGGCAGUUGCAAUGAGAAUGAAAGAUCUGUUUAUCAUGCACGGGAAGGGUAAACUUUUGGUGCAUGGUCAUGGCAAGGGAUGGAUGGAGGAGAAUCCUUUCGGCAUUCAAACGGAUUGGGAGCAGCGUGUUGUUGAACGUGGAGAUCCCAUGUAUAGAAUUAUGCUCAGGAAAGUCCCAUAAUCCCUGCUAAUCAUUCGAUUCAUGGUAUCCUUUGGAUCAAAGAUUGGAUAAAUCUUUAAGAAUUUUUCUCUCUCCCCAACUCUUGGAAGAGCAAUUCUACUCAACUGACUUGCCUUUCUCGUUAACAUCAUGUUUCUGCCAUUCACUCUCAACAUGCUUGCUGCCCGGAUCAGUGGAGGUGCCACCGGCUAUCUAUUCAGAAGAAUUUUUCAUCUGAGACAAUCUACUUAGUGGUGUUGCCGAAGUGUACUCAGUUCCAUCAAAUGUUGUAUUUCUUUCCUAUUGAUGUAUAUGGUAAACUAUUACAUAUGUAAUCUUCUCAUUGUUGCCAAGAUUGUAAUCUCAACUUUGUAACAAUUUGGCAUUUAGGUGUUGUAUGGUGUAUAAGAUGAUUCUUGUUAAUGAUCAACUUACAACUA